UCCAUUUUAAUAUUCAUCACACACAAAGAAAUUUUUGUAAAUGCUUUUCCAGAUGCUCGGAGAAUAUGUUGCACUUUGAUAGAUCUAAUUGCAAAUGGAUUAAAAUUUGUUGUAAAUAUAACCGAAACUACGUAUAAUUAUGAAAAAAUUAAAGCCAUAGACCAAAACGACCUAAAUGGAGAGCCAAGAAUACAAGAACUAUACCGAAAAACAUGUAAAGAAAAUUCAAGAAUUAGAAUGAGACACUAUGACAAAAUAAAUAUUGAUGACAGUUCCCAAAAAUCGAUAAGACGGCAGCAGAGAAGGAAAUCUGACGCAAAUCAUAGCGUCGAAAAGAAACAAAAAUGUCAUCAACGACGUAAUAAUCAUUACCGAAAUGCAGAAAUCAAAGACAUAUCAUCGGAAUCCAGUGCAGUCAAUAACAGUCCACAGCAAAAAACAAUAAUCAAUGAGAAAUGCGAAGAAGACAAUAUAAUAAUUCCGAUGAGUACCUCUUCAAAAACAAAGAUCAUGAUAUGUAAUACGAUGAUGGAUAAGAUAGAAAAUAGUACUGAUUUGCGACAAAAAGAACCUCCUAAAGAUCAUGAAAACUAUACUUCAAAAGAUAUUGGAACAGAAUCUUCUUCAUACAAGAAAAUUCUAAAUUCUAGCACAGUUUCAGAAAUCAAAAAUAAAAUCGAGUACGAAUCACCAAUGUGCAAAAGCAGUAAUCAUCGAGAUUGCAGUUACAAUAGUAGUUAUCUAUUUACGGCGAAAGCUCGUUAUAGUAAUUUAUAUUUCAUAUGUUGCAUAAAAGUAGAGAGAUUAUGACAAUUUGCUAUACAUAGGAAGAGCGUCCACAGAGCGCGAGUUACAUGAUAGACCCAGAAAAGAAAAUCGUCGGUUUCUUUAUGAUAUGAAGAGUAUUACGCACGAUUGUUAUGAAAAUGCACCGAUUAUAGCGAGUACGUAAUAACAAAAAGCAACAAGAAUCAAAUAAGAGGUCUAUAAUCUAUUUUAGAUUAUUGCAAAUAAUUGAUGCAAGAUUGACUCGUUUUUAAUUUAAAUUU